UUUAGUUUAUCUACUGUCAUAACACUUGUUAGACUAUUUGAAAGAAGUUGUGGAAACAACUUAUGGCAUGUCCAUAAGCUGUUUUCAGCCUAUCUAGGAUAGCUUAUGAAAACAUCUUAUAGCUUAUAUGAAAUUAGUUUGACUUAUACUGUCUUUUAUUUGUAUUUUGUAGUGAACUGAAACUCGGUUAAAUAGGUGAGUUUAAGGCUUCCCUAGGCAGGAUUUGAGGCUUAGAUGAAGAAGAUUUCCAAGGGCAGCUGCAAGACAGCUUCACACAGGCUCUUCAAGGACAAGGCAAAGAACCAUGUUGAUGAUCUGCAGGUGAUGUUUCUUGAUCUGCAGUUUGCCAGGAAGGAGAGUCGUUCCAUUGAUGCCGCACGUCUUGAGGAGCAAGUCCAUCAGAUUCUUUGGGAGUGGAGGGCCGGUCUAAAUGAGCCCUCUUCUGCUGCUUCUUUAAAGCAGGGUGGAAGUCAUGGAUCAUUCUCAACCGAUAUUUGUAGGCUAUUGCAGCUCUGUGAGGAGGAAGAUGAUGCCACUAGUCUAUUAGUUGUGCCUCGGCCUGAACCUAAUGAUCAGACUAUGCAGACUGAUGCAGAUGCUGGUGAUAUUAACGAGUUUCUUGGUUUUAAUGUAAAUCAGAGACAACAUCACCAUGAUGUUCUAUUAAUUGAUGAGUGCAAACACUCCAUCUUAGGAGUUCCCAGUAUAGAAGCUAACAACUCCUAUGGGUGACCUACUUUUGAAUCAGAAUGUCGUCAAUUUGAUUUAAAUGAUGACUUCAAUCGCAACUGUUAUGCUGCUUUUAAUGGAACAGAUUUAAGAGGUGAGGAUGCUGUUCCUCAUAUACCUACCUAUCUACCAAGUCUCUGCCCUCCUCCUUCUGCUUUCUUAGGCCCAAAAUGUUCACUUUUGGAUUGUUCAAGGCCCGCACAAGGGUUGGACUUGUGUCAGGACUUUUGCAGUAGCCCAGUUCUACGACCUGGUGGAGUCGGACUGAAUGAUAAUUUACUUUUAGCUGCUCUUAGUGCAAACGCAAAAGGAAAAGAUGUUGGCAUCCCAGAAUGUGAGGGAGCAGCAGUUGCAAAGUCUCCAUGGAAUGCACCUGAGUUCUUUGAUCUUUUUGUUCUCGAGGGUGAGACUAUUAGGGGGUGGCUUUUCUUUGAUAAGUCCCGAAGCGCAUUUGAGAGUGGAAACAGAAAGCGAAGGUCCUUGCCUGACUAUAAUGGACAGGGAUGGCGUGAAUCUAGAAAGCAUGUGAUGAAUGAGUUUGGAGAACUGAAGAGAUCCUAUUACAUGGAUCCACAACCACUAAACCAUUUUGAGUGGCACCUUUAUGAGUAUGAAAUUAGCAAAUGUGAUUCACGUGCCUUAUAUUGGUUGGAAUUCAAGUGUGUUGAUGGGAAGAAGAGCUCCAAGGCAAAGAUAACAAGUGAUUCUGUUACUAAUAUGCAGACACAGAUAGUAAGACUCUCUGCCGAGUUUCCCUAUGAUAGCAGACGUUCUGCAAUGGGCAGAGGCAAACCUGAUGCCAAGGCUGACAUAGGUUGUGUAUAUACAGCUUCAAACAAUGCACCAUCACCAUAUGACUAUCUUGUUGAGAAUACAAAUGACUAUUAUGUCUCGAAGUGAAUGUGCAAGAUAUUGUGUUAAAAUUGUUUGUAACUUUGCUGGGUUAUGAUUUUUCUUUCCUUCCUGCCAUUUGGUCUUUUCACUUUUUUCUUCUUAUGAACAAGAAGAUAAGACCAGUUUUCCCUUGCUGAGCCUGAGGCAUUGUGAAUAGCUCAUUCUAACACAGGAAUGCUGCAUUAGAGGUUUCUCAUACCAAAUUUUAAGUUUGAGUUCUCAUAUACAAACAUAAAUAAAUAAAGAUUGUUGUAUAGUAUUUCUUAUUAGUAAUGGAUUACAAAAAUCAAUCUCUUGUCAAGUUACAAAGUUGAUGUA